GUAGCAUCACGCUAGACCUUUGACUUGGUCACGUGAUAACAACAAGGAAGUGGUAUUGCAGACUCGAUAAAAGGCAUGAGUUUUAUUCAGUGUAUAUGCUUCUAAUGAGGUUUAUAAUUACUUUUGAACGCGUAUGAAAAUAACACCAGUAAGCGUUAUACUGCCAGCGACAGCCGCAGCGCACCUUAGGCUGUUAACACCUGGUUAGGAGAUGGGUGUGAAGGUGUUUAGGAGUCCUGCCCGCCAUGGCUACGCCGUGGAGGGAUCCCCCUUCAUCCCCACCAGGUUGGCCUGCGCUGCUUCACAAUACUACGGCAUUGCUGGUUCUGGCACACUGCUCGUCCUGGAAGAGACGGAAUCAGGGAUCGCUCUGGUGAAGAGCUGUGAGUGGAGCGACGGGCUGUUCGACGUGGCGUGGAGCGAGACCAAUGAGAACGUGUUGGCUGCGGGGGGCGGAGACGGUAGCCUGCAGCUCUGGGACUCAUCGUCCAAUCACAGCGCGCCACUCAGAGUGGCCCGUGAACACACACAGGAAGUGUAUUCUGUUCACUGGUCUCAAACCAGAGGAGAGAACCUGUUGGUUUCUGGGUCCUGGGACCAAACGGCUAAAGUGUGGGACCCAACUCUUAGCAAAUCACUGACCACACUCAAGGGUCACGAAGGGGUCAUCUACAGUACUGUCUGGUCCCCCCACAUCCCAGGAUGCUUUGCUUCUGCCUCAGGUGAUGGGACGCUCAGGGUUUGGGACAUCAAGAGUGCUGCAUGCCGAUUGGCCAUCCCGGCCCACAAGUCCGAAAUCCUGAGCUGUGAUUGGUGCAAAUAUGACGAGCACAUGGUGGUGACGGGGGCGGUGGACUGCAGUGUGUGUGUGUGGGACCUGAGGAACCCCCGGCAGCCCGUUUGUCAGCCACUGGUCGGACACUCCUACGCCAUCCGCAGAGUCAAGUUUUCUCCCUUCAGUCGGACGGUGUUGGCAUCCUGUUCCUAUGACUUCAGUGUCAGGUUCUGGGACUAUAGCAGCAGUCAGCCUCUUCUGGAGACAGUGGAGCAUCACUCUGAGUUUGUCUGUGGGAUAGACUUCAGCCUACACACACCCAACCAGGUGCUGGACUGCUCCUGGGACGAGACAGUGAAGAUCUACACACCUGCCUGCCUUACAGCUGGAACACACACUGCUGGACCAUAGAAAACACACACACGUGCACACACGUGCACACACACGCACACACACGCACACACACGCACACACACACACACACACACACACACACACA